AUGAGGAUGCAGGUGUUACCUGUGAAUUUCCUGGUGAUUCUUGACAGUCUCUUCUUUGCUGUUUCAGCUUCCAUCAGACUGGUCAAUGGGACAGACCGAUGUUCAGGCAGGGUGGAGGUCUACCAUGAUGACCAGUGGUUACCAGCCCUUAACUUUAACUGGGGAAUGAAUGAAGCAACAGUGCUUUGCAAAGAGAUGAACUGUGGAGAUCCUGUACAGUUUUCAGGAUCAUCUUCUCAGGUUGGAGACCUGAGAGGAUAUAAAGUCAGUUGCACCGGUACAGAGAGCUCUCUGACACAGUGCACACUGACAGAAUAUGUCAGGACCAGCAGUGAUCAUAUGAACGAUGCAUCUGUUGUUUGUUCAGGUAUUGUUAAAUUGGCUGGUGGGCCUAACCGCUGUGUUGGAAGAGUGGAGCUCUAUGACAAAGGCCAGUGGGGGGCAGUGUGUGGUGACUCCUGGGACAUGUUUGAUGCAGCAGUGGUGUGUCGAGAGCUGAACUGUGGGAUAGCUCACAAAAUCACCACCACGCCCAAAUAUGGUCAUGGCACAGGACCGGUCUGGACUGAUCAGAUUGACUGCCGUGGACAGGAGUCCAUACUGUCUGUUUGCCCACGAAGUUCAUUUAGCAACAACACUUGCAACAUCAACUCAGUUGCUGGUAUCACGUGUACAGGUUUUCAUUGA